AAAUAAAAAUUAAAAAUAACAAGAGUUAUCUCACCGACUUUCACUUGGAGCACUUGCUAAAUAAUAAAAAAUGGUUUGUUAUACUCGUCAACAAUAUGUAUAAGAUAAAAAAAAAAAAAAACAGUUUGCAAAAAUAAUUAUCAGUGAUAAUAAAAAAAUAUAUAGUAAAAUAAUAAUUUUCAAUGACAUCUGGAAAAAUUCAACUGAGGAAGAUCCAAUAGUUAAAUUUAAGUAUUAAUAGUAAAUAAUAAAAAAUUAAUUUUAUUUUAGAAUUCUAAGUUUUGAUUGAAUUUAAUAUCAGAAUUAACAAUAAUCAAUCAUGCAACAGCUGUACAAUUUUGUGUGACGUUUUCAUCAGUGUUGAGCAGUGACAUGAUAAUAAAAAAUGUUGCUAAGAAGUGUAAUAUUAAUUCUGUCGAUCGGAGUACUUGAAUUAUUUAUCUCAGUUGAUCAAUGUGAGAGCACUCAUGUAACUGGUACUUUCAAUACCAACGAAUUUUUCCGCUUUCUCAUAAAGUUCGGGUUUCAACAGACAGAUCGUCACAGACAGCGCGAAUCUUACGGCUAUAUUUUUGGAAAUGUAACGUCGCAGUUAAAUUUUUCAUCCUCGAAGCUGAUAACCUUCGCUGUUUUGGAUAGAAAUCAUUUUUUGGAGUACUAUGGUAACCGUACUCUUGAGGAUAAAAAUACAGCGUGCAGCAGGAUGUUCAAUACCCUCAAUCAGAGCUCAUAUGACUCCCAGUGUAACGUCAAUGGCGAGGAUUUCUUACGGAGAAUACCAUGCCCAAAGGGCCAGCUGUGUCCAGAUGAAGACUUACCGUCGAAUGUCAUAAAGAACAACCAGUUUACUUAUGUAAUCCAAGACCUUGGUCAACCAAGGUUUUGGUAUAUAAGCAUUGUAUCGUGUUAUCGUAACAUUAAAACAUGUAAAUGGGAGUGGUUUAACGAGAGCAUAAAUAUCGACUACGAUGUUUGGUUGGUAAAUGGCAAUCCGAAUAACAGCGGGUUCAAUAGUUUGACUUAUCAAUUUUCGUACGACCGGCAAAAUACUAUUGAGUUGUAUUUGUUAUUUUUUUUAUGCUACAUAAUACUAGUACCACUGCAGUUGUACGCUGUUAGAUUACAAAGACAUCCUGUUACGAGACUUUUUACUGUCAGCUUACUGUUGGAGUUUAUAGCGAUUUGUUUGAUACUAAUUCACGUUUUAAAAUUCGCGUUUGAUGGUAUUGGAUACGAAAAAUUGGAAGUUGCUGGUGAUAUCUUUGACAUUUUAUCACGAGCAACUUUUAUGUUAUUAUUGUUAUUGUUAGCAAAAGGAUGGGCUGUUACGAGAAUCGAGCUAACUUGGAAGCCGUUAGUAUUUUUAAUAUGGUUUUGUUACGGCGUUGUUCAUAUUCUUCUCUACGUUUGGAAUAUGACGGAAGUUGAUAUUAUUGAAGACAUAGAUGAAUAUCAAACAUGGCCUGGAUGGUUCAUUUUACUAUUUCGCAGUGCGAUAAUGAUAUGGUUCUUAUUAGAACUUCGCAAUACUAUGACUUAUGAGCACAAUACUCAAAAAUUAAACUUUUUGCUCCAUUUCGGAGCAUCAGCACUUGUAUGGUUUAUAUAUUUACCGAUAGUUGCAUUGAUUGCACUACAAAUAAGCACACUAUGGAGGUUUAAAUUUCUACUCGGAAUUACAUAUUCAGCAGAUUGUUAUGCGUACUGUGUAAUGACGCAUUUAUUAUGGCCAACACGAAGUGAACAAUAUUUUUUACUUGCACAAGGUGCAGAUAACGGUGAUGAAUUGGAUGAAUUUAAUGAGGCGCCGCAUGUAUUAAAUAAUUACGUUGAGCCAUCGGAUCUUACAAAAAUAAUAGCAUAAGCUCUUUUUUUUUUUUUUUUUUUUUUUAAAUACUCUAUUACGGUAAUAUUAAUCAAUGUGAUGUAAAUUUGCCAAAUAUUUCAGCAAAUAUCGUAAAUAUUAUUGAUUUUUGGUAAUUCAGACUGACUUUGUAUAUUAUCAGUCCAAUUUUUUACAAUUAUCUUUAAAUGUUCUUUCUCUGAUUAUAUAUUUAAUACGAAUUAAUGCUAUUACCAUGAGCAAAGACAAAUUA